CUUGGAUGGCUGUUCGGGUCGACUUGCGUAAGGUAUGGUCCUGUCUUGGUGGUCAUUAUACGCUGUGUCGUCUGGUGUUUGCCUCGCCGGGAAACGUUUCAAGGCUUCUAUAUAAGGUUAACUGCUCCCACCCUCCAUCAAGGCUUCUUUUGUUCAAUCCAUCCACAACCUCAUCUUUCAGCCCGGUUAAUACCCUCUCUUUUCUCAGUCUUUUUUCAGUUUUAGCCCCGGAGGCAUUUCCCUUCCACUUCACAGGUGAAGCCCUUUUUACAAAAGUUUUACUUUCCUUCAUAGACUUCCUUCACAUUUCCUUCACAAUGAAGACUCAGUCCGCUAUCAUCCUUGCGCUCAGCGCAACCGUUUCCGCCCACGGUGUGGUGAUGAGGAUCCUUGGUGAAAACAACGUUGAGAUGCCCGGUCUUACAAUCGCCGAUGGCACUCCUCGUGACUGCACCAGCAAUGGCUGCGGCUCACAGGCCGACACUGCCAUUAUUCGCGACAGGGAUAUCCGAUCGGGUGGAUCACCUCUCGGCCGCACCCAGGGUGGUGGUCCCGUCGACGCCUCUGUUAUGAUCAAGAACUUCAUGGGCAUGGGUGCAGCAUCUGCCGGCAACUCCACCGGUGUCGGUGAGGAGGACAACAUCCCGGCCAACGUCGGAUCUGGGAAGAGUGCUGCUGCCAAGGGCGCUGCCAGGUUUUCUGCCGCCAGCCGUGGCAAAUUUGUCGCCAUCGAGGAUGAGGAGGCCGAAGAUGUUGCGCCCGUGUCGAGCAACUUUGUCGUCCGCCAGAUUGGCAACCUCCUCAAGGGCCUCGGUGGUGGUGGUCUCGCAGGCGGCGGUGGCACCAAGGUCCUGGCUGGCCCUGAGACCAGCGUAAAGGCCAGCGUGGGCGAGGGUGCCAGCUCCGGUCUGCCGACAGUCGGCACCGACGGCAUCAUCAAGAUGACAUUCCGCCAGAUUAACCAGGAUGGCGCCGGCCCCAUGACCGCCGAUGUUGAUGGCACCUCGGGUGGCACCAAGGCCGAUGCUUUCCAAAAAGCCGAGGUCGUCAAGGACGUUCCAGGCCUUGGUAUCCAGGGUCUGAGCCUUGCCACCGCUACCGAGUUCCCGCUUGAGGUCAAGAUGCCCGCCGGUACAACUUGCGAGGCUACUGUCGCCGGCGUCAAGAACGUCUGCAUUGUCCGCGUCCGCAACGGUGCUGCUGCCGGCCCCUUCGGUGGCAGCGCUGCCUUCACCCAGUCCGCUGCCGCCCGCAAGCGCGCCAUCGCAUACAGGCUGCGCAAGCGCAUGUCCCUGGACAACCGCUCCUAA